CACCCCAAAAGAGAGAUUUUUCCUCCGUUGUAAAGAGAGUGUGAAGAGAGGUAGGUGGAGAGCGGUGAAGGGAGUGGGAAGCGAUACGGGGAGAUUUAGAAGAUAUCUCACCGAUUGAUGCUCAUCCUUCUAGCAUGGACCUCCAUCAGUUUUAUGGAUUGAGUGGCACAGACAUAUCCUAUGAAUUCCCUUCUCCAAGAAAUCUGGCAUGUGCUGAAUGGACUUUUGAUUCAAUCAAAUUAGCUAUUGGCAAUUCGCUGAGCUCCCCUUUUUCCAGCCAGUUUGAGUGUGACAAUUUUUCUGCAAUUAGUGAUGGUAAAGGACAGACUGAAUGGUACAGCUCUCCGUUAGACAAUGACGGUGCAUUGAUGCAGUCCCAAGUUCGUCUUCUACCGGACACUCAGGUACCAUCAGAAUCAGUACAUGCAGUUUCCAGCCAGAGGAUAAGGUAUGCUCUACAAGAGAUUGAGACUGUUCUCAUGGCACCUGAUACUUGUGAACCAAUCGAUCCUGAUUUGAAUAAAGAUAAACCACCUCAGCUCAGAAAGCAGGGGUCAAGAACGAGGACCCGUGAGGUCCAAUUCGAGUCUUCUGAUCCUGCACAGCCUCAAUCUCUCUCUGUUACAUAUCUAGAUAUGAGCCAUGAAAUCCGUCCGGAGAAACGUCUUAAAAAAAUAAAGUUCGCAGGUGGUGAUGUGAAACAGCUUCUAAUCAAGUGUGCAGAAGCUUUAUCUGAGAAUAAGAUAGAUAAAUUUGAAUUAUUGGUUGAGGAAGCCCGAGGUGUUGUUUCUAUCAGUGGUGAGCCUAUCCAGCGUCUUGGUGCUUAUAUGCUAGAAGGGCUAGUGGCAAGGCACGAGUCUUCUGGCACCAGCAUCUAUCAUGCCUUGAGGUGCCGUGAGCCAGAGAGCAAGGAGCUUCUCUCUUACAUGCGGAUCUUGUAUGACAUCUGCCCCUACUUAAAGUUUGGAUAUAUGGCAGCGAAUGGAGCAAUUGCUGAUGCACUAAAAACUGAGAACAGAAUCCACAUCAUAGACUUUCAAAUUGCUCAAGGUACCCAAUGGAUCACUCUUAUACAGGCAUUAGCUGUAAGACCUGGAGGUCCACCACAUGUGCGAAUCACAGGGAUCGAUGACCCAACAUCGGAGUAUGCCCGAGGAGAUGGCUUGCAGCUAGUCGGGAAGAUGUUGUCAGACAUGUCCAAGAAGUUCAAUAUUCCCCUCGAGUUUAAAGGCCUCACUGUGUAUGGCCCCGAGGUUACAAGAGAAAUGUUGGAGAUUAGACCCGGGGAAGCACUUGCCGUGAACUUCACUCUUCAGCUUCACCACACACCGGAUGAAGGUGUCGAUGUGAACAACCCUCGUGAUGGAUUGCUCCGGAUGGUGAAGGGAUUGUCUCCGAGAGUGACGACGCUGGUGGAGCAAGAGUCCAACACCAACACAACAUCAUUCUUGACAAGAUUCAUGGAGACUCUAGAAUAUUACUCUGCCAUGCUCGAAUCAAUAGAUGCGACGCUGCCGAGGGACAGCAAGGAGAGGAUAAACGUGGAGCAGCACUGUCUGGCAAAGGACAUAGUUAACAUCAUUGCCUGUGAAGGGAAGGAGAGGGUGGAGAGACACGAGCUACUUGGCAAGUGGAGGUCCAGGCUUAGCAUGGCCGGUUUCAAGCCUUACCCGCUCAGCUCCUAUGUGAACUCCGUGAUAAAGACUCUAUUGGGAUACUACUCUGAUAAAUAUACCUUGGUGGAGAAAGAUGGCGCGAUGCUGCUGGGUUGGAAGAACAGGAACCUGAUCUCGGCUUCUGCUUGGCACUGAUGAUGGCCCAUUUGAGAUAAACCUUGAGGAACCACAGAUGAGAUUAUUUGGUAGUGAACUUCCACUCUCUUAUCCGAUGCAGGUUUCAGCUAUUGUUUAUCGUACCUAUUCAUGAGUGCGGCAUCUGCAUCUCUUGUGGCAAACUUACUCCAUUGCACCAAAUGACCCAAGGAGCUUGAGGGUGUUAGCCAAAUGUUCUUGAGAUGAUCAUUAUUCUCUUGGCUUCCUGUAUAAUCUUUUGAAUGUUUACAAUGGUUCAAGCCAACAAACUGGAUGUGUGUAACACUGUGAGAUAUAUGUAUUUCUCUCUUCCACCUCGGGUUGAAUCGAUUGUUUGGGAUCAUGCUGCUCAUGGUUUAAGAGAAAAUACCAUAGAUCAGAUGACACAGGUUGUAAAGAACAUGCAAGAUCAAUUAUAAUGAUUGAUUCCUUUUGCA